UGAAGGAACAGAUCAAGGAGAUGGACAGGGAGCUUGAACAGUUUCAUAACAGUAAUGCUCAACUAGACUUGCUUAUUGGGGAGCUUCGUGAAAAGCUCGACGGGAUGCAGGCCCAGAAUUUGGACCAACGAAAACGAAUUGCCGACCAAGAGGCUUCGCGCGGGCGCCUCCAGAAAGAGCUGUACGAGUGUGUCCAGCACAUCCAAGAUCCGCCAGCGUUGCGCGCACAUGUCACUGCGAUGUACAAAUCAAAUGUCACCGUGGACUUGCCCAGGAAUGAGAUGGACGCUAAUGUGAUACACGAGUAUCAUCGACACAAGGAAUACUUGGAAUCAAGUCUGCGCUACUUGCACCACAAGUUUGUGGCAGAUGUUGGCGGGCACCGCACAGAAAAUAUCAAGGUGAUGCAGGACAACAUGCUCCUAAUCAAGGAAAUCAACACGCAGCGAGCUCAUAAUAAGGCCGCCAAGCGAGUCUUGGAAUCCCAGGUUAAUAUGCUCAAACGAUUUGGGACCUCUUCAAAACACCGGAGAGCAGCUGGCGUUGUGUACUCGUCCACUGCCGUGGUGGGCGACCGGCCCGAAACCAGCCACGAGGAACCAGCAUCUAUUAUUGAGAACAACAAGGCAAAGAUUGCGAGUCUCAGGGCGUUGGUUGCUGAUCUCGAAGGAAGGCUUGUGUCAAAUCGACCCUACAGCAGAGAGAUUCUCCCGCCAAUGGAUGGCGUCAACACCGUUUCCUAGGUGUGGAUCAACUUACGACGUCGGAGGUUUGACAGUGUGGAGUCAAGCGAAUCUAUUGAUCCCAGCAUGGCGAGUAGCAGCUUUUUGGCUGCAACUUCCUGCAACUUCACGUAACCUCGGGAGGUCACCGAAAGUACUGUAUCGAGCGUGACCUGUCGAUGUAUGGUUCGACCAUGAUACCAUCCGAUCGAAGUUUUCCACCGCAUGCCAGACAGGCUCUCGAAUGUAUUCCGAGUGACCUAGGUACCCCCGGGUGCCAUGCAAAACCAUUUGUGGGAAGCUGUUUCAGAGGGACAUUUCUUACGGAACAGGUGUUGAUAAUCGCGGCCCCGCGGAGAUUUUCAGACAUUCGUAGCUGGUAGACCCCGAGGGUGCGUGUGUCCGUUUGUUUGGUAGCGACUUAGAUCCAACCCGAUGGUUCAUGGAGAAAAUGUACAUUCCGGGACAGCCCACUAGAUACCUGUUCUUGAAACAACUAGCUGGAUUCGGGCGAAGCGGACCCGGAUCCACAGGACCUGUUACUUUCUCGGUAAAAGAAAAACUGCUAUGUUAGAUAACGUUUUGAAGCGCCGUAUUGCGCCAUACGGAGUAGUGGUAUUAGUUAAGAUAGCUUGUUUGCGCUCGUUACUACUGUAGAAUGCAGAAUAAAUUGGUCGUCGUCACCUUGUUGGCGUUCUGAAUCAUAAUUUUGACACAAUUUUUACUCUGAUUUUCAAAGGGUCACACUCGGGGGUCUGUCUAGUGGGUUCGAAUUUUGAUCUGUUGCAAUGAACACUUGCAAUUCUGCCGUGGAGAAUGAACAAUUCGUGGGAUACAUCAUGAUAAAAGAGGGAUGUGGCAAAAUCAAUAGCGAGCACCGCAGCGUGGGGGUGGGACAAAAAAAAAUUGGUGUUCCCUUCCCGUGAGCGAGCCCCGCCGACACGUCAAAUGUACAACGAAAGGCGUAGAUAGGCGAAAUAUUAGAUGGGACAAAGAUACAUAGAACCCCCCGACACGAUGAGAUGCGCUGCACCUACAACAUCGCGAGUUCCAUCUGCGAACUGUCGGAUUUUAAAUGUGGGGGUCAGGGAAGGGGAAUUGAAAAUUCCUCCGACGGACGCUGUUACGAAUCUUAGGUGACUGCCUUUUGACAUACGCAUGCUACCAUUCGAUACUGCGAUGACGCAAGGCGUAAGCGCUAGUCGGAGUGAAGGCAACGGGGAUGAUCAGAAGAUACGCACACAGGGGAUACGGACAGCAAGUCGGGUUGUCGAUAUGGGGUUGCCAGGACAGAAGUGGUCUUCACAAAACCCGUUGAAUAACGCCGGUGGCCCUGUACAGCGCCGGGUGAAUUGCUGGGCACAGACGAAAGAACCGUGUCAUUUUGAAAUUUCAAUAACG